AGAGAGACGUAUCCAUUGACCGCUGAUUACCUCGAUAUCGCCUCCCCGUCCCACCCCGGCAUCGUCUUGGGACACUGAAACAUUCCACCACACAGUAUGGCCUCGGUCGCCGCUUGGCUGCCCUUUGCACGGGCGGCGGCCAUCGGUUGGGUGCCGAUAGCUACGCAUCCAUUGCCACCGCCUCCGAUGCCGAAGGAUCGCCGCAAAACGGACGAUGAGAAGCUACUGAUAAAUGUGUCCGGGCGWCGCUUUGAGACCUGGCGCAAUACCCUCGAAAAGUAUCCAGACACGCUGCUCGGCUCGAAUGAGCGUGAGUUUUUCUAUGAUGAGGAUUGCAAAGAGUAUUUCUUUGAUCGGGAUCCGGACAUAUUUCGGCACAUACUUAACUAUUAUCGCACCGGGAAAUUGCAUUAUCCGAAACACGAAUGCCUCACCAGCUACGACGAGGAAUUGGCCUUCUUUGGCAUCCUGCCAGAUGUCAUCGGUGAUUGCUGUUAUGAGGAUUAUCGCGAUCGCAAGCGCGAGAACGCCGAACGCCUCAUGGAUGACAAGCUGUCGGAGAAUGGAGAUCAGAAUCUGCAACAGCUAACCAACAUACGCCAGAAGAUGUGGCGUGCCUUCGAGAAUCCGCACACAUCGACCAGUGCUCUGGUCUUCUACUAUGUAACAGGCUUCUUCAUAGCCGUCUCYGUCAUGGCCAACGUGGUGGAGACGGUGCCCUGCGGCCAUCGGCCUGGACGUGCCGGCACUUUGCCCUGCGGCGAGCGCUACAAAAUUGUGUUCUUUUGCUUAGACACCGCCUGUGUGAUGAUCUUCACCGCCGAGUAUCUGUUGCGUCUGUUUGCGGCGCCCGAUCGCUGCAAGUUUGUGCGCAGCGUGAUGAGCAUCAUCGAUGUGGUGGCCAUUAUGCCCUACUACAUUGGCCUGGGCAUCACGGACAACGACGAUGUCAGCGGCGCCUUUGUUACGUUGCGUGUGUUCCGCGUUUUUCGCAUCUUCAAAUUCUCCCGCCACUCGCAGGGUCUGCGCAUCCUCGGCUAUACGCUCAAGUCAUGCGCCAGUGAGCUGGGCUUUCUUGUCUUUUCACUGGCCAUGGCCAUUAUCAUAUUUGCCACGGUCAUGUUCUAUGCCGAGAAAAAUGUAAAUGGCACAAAUUUCACAUCGAUACCGGCGGCCUUCUGGUACACCAUUGUCACAAUGACGACGUUGGGCUACGGUGACAUGGUGCCGGAGACAAUAGCUGGCAAAAUAGUUGGUGGUGUUUGCUCGCUCAGCGGAGUGCUGGUCAUCGCCUUACCUGUACCUGUUAUUGUAUCGAACUUUAGUAGAAUUUAUCAUCAGAACCAGCGUGCGGAUAAGCGCAAAGCGCAGCGGAAAGCUCGGCUGGCGCGCAUACGCAUUGCGAAGGCCUCGUCUGGCGCUGCUUUCGUCAACAAGAAGAAGGCGGCGGAGGCACGUUGGGCAGCGCAAGAGUCUGGCAUUGAGCUGGAUGAUAAUUAUAGGGAUGAGGAUAUCUUUGAGCUGCAGCAUCAUCAUCUGUUGCGGUGUCUCGAGAAGACAACGAUGUAGCAACAUUUGAAUAUCUUUCUAGUAGYCCAAAAUUCGCACCUUUGCCUUCUGCUCUUUAGGCAAGCAAUGACAAGCGACACAACCACUAGAACAGCAACAGCAACCACAACCAUAACAACAACUACAAGAACAGCAACAACAAYAACUACAGCAACAACAGUAGCAACAACUGCGACUGCACUAAACACAAAUUCAUUUSAUAGUUGUAGAGGAAUUGCUGUGCCAGAGUUCAGAAAUCUUGUGCGUGCUCGUUAAUCAAACACUUCGUACAUAYACAAAAGCAACAAACAAACAUACACACAUACAUGCAUAUAAA